AUGGCAUCAGCAACGGUCAAGCCAAAAAAACAAUCUUUUCAUGCAACACAUGUGUGGAAUGAACUUGUCGCCAGUUUUCGUUCGAAAAUCGAACUACGAAAAUAUCGCCGAAAUUACUUCUCCCAAACACAUGAUCAAUGUUUCACAUCGACCGAUGCUAUCAACUGUCUGAUGAACAUCCUAAAAUCACAUCCAAAUUUCGAAACAAAACAAAUUGAAAAACACCACGCAAUUCGUCUGUUGGAAAAGUUCUAUGAAUCGAAAGUUUUUACCGACGUGAUCAAAAAUGAACGAAAGAAAACAUUCGUUGCUGAAAACGGAAUUUAUCAAUUGCUAUCAAAAGCAGAUGAGAAUAUAUUUCAAUCAGCGGCGAAUACAACUAAACCGAUUGAACAACAAGUUCAGCAAUCACAAGAAUCGUCAACGUCUGCGAUAAGUGAUUGUUGGAAACAUUACUUUCUCGAACGUCUUGAGAAAUAUCUCUUAAAAACACGAAAUCGCCAUGGCGGUUACCUUCUUCAUCAAAUUGAACAAGAAAUGAAACUAAUUGAUGGAUCUCAACUUGUAUCCAACCUGCAUCACAGUACACCUGGCGAUCCGAUCACCAUUGCCGGACAACUAGUAGAUUGGUUACCAGAAUCAAUGUUAAUUGUUAUGGAUUAUCCUACGAGUCUCGAUGGUCGUAAUUUACCUGAUUAUCCGGCAUUCAUUUUCGAUUUAUUUGAAAUGGUUACUGAUACAUUUGCAAUGCAGAGACAAUAUCUAUCGUCUUCGAUGGCAAUUAUAGAUUUAAUAUUUCAACUUAUUGCUAGCAAAGGAAAUCCAAUGUCCAUGGAAUCAUUCUAUGAUCGUGAUGAAAAUCGAUCAGUUUAUUGUUUUCCGAGUGAACUCUAUUCAGGUCGAUCAAGCAAUAAUCCUUACCAAACUUUAAAACAUCGUCCAUGUCAAUCAAAACAAUCGAUGCGUUCGCAUCGUACUGAUACUUUCGAUUUUAAAAAAGGAUCCUCAUCCGAUGAUGACAAAUCAUAUGGUUUAACAAAUCUUCGUCGAAAAUCAUUGAGUUCAUGUGAUCUGUUUCACGUAACAUCCAAAACAUUAACAUCACCAUUUGAUGAAAUACAAAAUUGGCUUAAUAAUAAACAUACGACAACAACAACAGCAACAACUAGUCAAGAAAAGAUCAGUAGUGACGAAUUCGAAUUGAUUCAACUUGCACUACUUCAUUUAACUUCGUCCAAUCGACAAUUUCUCUAUGUUAUUCUUUAUUUUUUAUCACAAUGUAUUCGAAAUAGCCAAUUUUGUUCGAACGAAGCAACUAAAUCACGCAUUCAUCGUAGUUUUGCAAAACUAAUCACCAUCAAUCAUGAUGAAAACCCGUGUCUCAAUAACCUUCUCGAUUGCUUUGUUGAGCAUUAUGGGAAACUAUUUGAUAUUUCAGCAGAUACAAGAAAAACCGUGUCAAGACGAUUGACAAAAUCCAAAAAAGAAAAUAAAUCGUUCAUUAUUCCAUCAUCGAAUAAAAAGCUUGGCGAAGAUCGACCAUGGUUCGCUGAAGUGAACCAGACACGCAAACCAAAGUCAUUUGGUUCGCUUCUUGUAUAA